UGUAAGUACUUAUGUAUUUAAAUACAGUGUAAACGUUUAAAACAUUAUAAAUAAUCAAAAAAAAAGUUAAAAUUAUAUGAUUAAAUUAUAUGAAGAUGUUAGGAUUAGUGGACUACAAAAAUAGCGACAGUGAAAGUAACAGUGAACAUGAGAAUGACGUUACUAAAGAAUUUGAUCCACAAAACUCCAUUGCUAAAACAUUUUCAGUUUGUUUAGCACCCAAAGUUUUACCCAAUGGCUCAAAACAUGUUCCAAGAGCUGUCGAUCCGAACACAAAAAAACUAACAUACAACCCGAAAUAUGAUGAGCUUUGUACUCCCGUACAAGGACCGAGUAAUCCGAAUCUGACCGAACAAAUGAAAGCCCACAGAAAUACAUUAUCUGGAUUUGUAGAAAAAGCUCAUAUAUCUGAAUUUCAGUUCGAAAAUCAACGUCGUACGUUCCAUAGUUUCGGUUAUGCUGUAGAUCCGUCAACUGUAACCGAUGGAAAAACAUAUGUAGGUCAUUUGCAAGGCGCUUAUGAUAGCGAUGGGAAAACUGUUUUCCAGAAAACAACGAGAAAAGAUCCACGAAAAAGGAUAAAAAACAAUAUGCCAGAAGAUGUACACGGUUUCUCAGGACCAUGGGCGAAAUAUGAAGAUGAGCAAAGAGUUGCGUGUCCAAAUGAUGAAGAACGAGCUGAGAUAGAAGAAAUGAUGGCAAAGAAAAAUAAACGACACAAAAUAAGUGAAGAUGCACCCGUAGAAGAAAAAACCAUUUUACAUGUGAAAGAUGCAGUUGAUUAUCAAGGGCGAUCUUUCUUACAUCCCCCACACAAUUGCGGGACUAAUUUGCGUGCUGAUUUCGUACCUGAUCGAUGUUACUUACCAAAAGCUCAUAUACAUACAUGGCAGGGUCACACAAAAGGUGUCUCAGCUAUUAAGUUUUUUCCAAAAUCAGCCCAUUUGCUUUUAUCUUGUAGCAUGGAUACAAAAGUUAAAAUAUGGGAGAUUUAUGGAGAAAGACGUUGCUUACGAACUUAUUCUGGACAUAGACAAGCUGUUAGAGACAUCGAUUUUAAUAUUAAUGGAGAGAAAUUCUUAUCUGCAGGUUAUGAUAGAUACAUUAAAUUGUGGGAUACCGAAACAGGACAAGUAGUUUCUCGAUUUAGUGCAAAAAAAAUCCCAUUUUGUGUAAAAUUUCAUCCUGAUUUCAAUAAACAACAUCUCUUUGUAGCAGGAACCUCAAAUAAAAAAAUAAUCUGUUGGGACACUAGAAGUGGAGAUAUAGUUCAAGAAUACGAUCGUCAUCUUGGUGCAGUUAAUUCAAUUACAUUUGUGGAUAACAACCGAAGAUUUGUAACUACUUCAGAUGAUAAGAGUCUUCGCGUUUGGGAAUGGGAUAUUCCUGUCGACAUGAAAUAUAUUGCAGAUCCUACCAUGCAUAGUAUGCCAGCAGUAGCCUUAUCACCAAAUGGUAAAUGGAUGGCGUGCCAAAGUCUUGAUAAUAAAAUAGUGAUAUUCACUGCUAUGAAUCGAUUCAAAAUGAACCGCAAAAAGGUAUUUGAAGGUCAUAUGGUUUCUGGCUACGCAUGUCAAUUAGGAUUUUCUCCAGACAUGAGUUACUUAAUUUCAGGAGACGGUGAUGGAAAAGCUUACAUUUGGGAUUGGAAAACCACUAAGUUGUACAAAAAAUGGCAAGCACAUAGUGACGUUUGCAUUAGUGCGCAAUGGCAUCCUAAAGAAUCCAGCAAAGUAGUAACAGCUGGUUGGGAUGGAUUAAUAAAAUAUUGGGACUAAAAAUAGUUUGGGUUUGUUAUUUGACUUUUUGUCGGAAAAUAAAAGUAAUUUAACUUUUCUUAUGCUAUUUUUUAACGUUUUGUAUCAUAAUUCGGUGAUACUUUUUUUUUACGUUUUUUACAAAUCAAAG